GGAUAUAUGUAUAUUCUGUAUGUAAAAUUCUUAGCUCUGUUUGUACCGUACAAAUAUUUCACUCUUCAGUUUGGAAGGACAUAAUUUUUCGUUGACUUGGUGUUUUUGAGUUUCUCUCUGUGUGUGUUGGAUUUGUUUUUAAGGAUUUUUACUUUCGUUGUUGAAUAAGUGAAAUUUUCGAUAUAUUUAUUUUAUAGAUGGCUUUAUAGUUCUUUAAAGACAUUGCCAGAGCAUGGAACAAUGUAGGCAAGGCAAGAUCAGAGUUGAGGAAGAUAGAACAUCGGCUAGGAGAUGUACACAGUUCUCCAGUAUAUUUAAAUGAGACAGGGAAUCCAAGUGUUAGAAACUACAGUUCUCUCAUGGACAAUUCAAACAUCAAUGAGUUUCCUUCAGGGGCUGUUGUGGACAAGUAUGGAAGGAGCAAUGUAAUGAGAAACAGAGAAACAAGAAAAAUCAGCAAAAAAGAUGACGAGAAUGAAGAUUUUACUUCUGCUUCUAAAAUGGAAGGAAAACGUGUAGAUUUUAGAGACAAACAAGAACUAAGGGAAAUUAACCCUGAUGGCACAUAUUUGGACUUGCCACCAGGGCAAUAUAAUAAUUUGACAUUUCUCCGUUCUAAUUCACCGCCUAACUCUAUACAGACAACACUCACUGACUCGCGUGCUAUCAGGGAAACGGAAAUACGAUUUCUAAAUGAGCCUACCUCACAUGCUCCACACGAUCAAAAACGUGUGGGGACGGAGAAUAGAUUAACUCAUGUGGAUGUUAUGGUGCCUGGUGCUGCCAAGUCUUCCUCUGCCAAACAUACUACGCAUUAUCAAGGGACCAACUCCAAUCCUCAGGAAAACAAUAAUGAAUACAAAACUGCUGAAAAUGACAGACUAUGGGAAACAGGAUCGACAGACUCCGCCCAGUCAGAUGACGGGCCAAUGAAACGAAAGUUUAAGAAGAGUAUUAAAGAUAUAGGAGAAGGUGGCUUGGCGAAAAUCAAAGAAAAGAUAAAGAGACAACAAGAGAAAGCUUCUCCAAGAGAAAACAAAGAAUAUGGUGAAGAUUAUGCAAUGGGAGGUACAGAUAUGAACUCUGAUCGACUACUUCACAAUGACAAUGACCCGGUUCAGACCAGGUCAAAUGAUUAUCAUACAGAAGGACAAGACAAACACCCAAAAAGAAAAAUAGCGGCAGGCCAUCCGCCACCUUCAUACAAAGGUUUUAGUGAAACAGAAGUCAAAUAUAAACACACGGAAGUAAAGCCAUUAAAGGAUGGAAAGAAAAAGGACAAGAAAAAGAAAAAUCUCAAGGCACAGAAAACUCCUGAGCCACUGAAAGAAGAAGACCAGGAAAGAAAACUGACUCGUGUUAUAGCUAAGGCUAAUAAAAAAGAUACUAAUAAACAGAAGAAAAAUGACAUUAUAACUACGUCUUCAUGGAGAGCUGGACAAGAAUUAGUAAUGAGGGAGUUAGGACCAUUGAAAACUCGUAGAACAUCACAGACCUCUCAACCAGGUGACAUUGAUCGAGGAUCACAUAUGCCUGAUGGGGCAUACGGGGGAGCUGAGGAACCUGAACCCCCAGAGAGGAAAACAGCAACAGACAUGGAGUUAGAAAGAGCCAGAGUAUUAUCGGCUGAAGCAAGACGUGUUCUCAGUGAUCUUAAUAUGGAUGACGAAGAGAGAAGACGGGAAGAGUCAUCAAAAAGAGCAAAAUCGGCAACAAAACGGAAAGCACCAAAACCUUCAGCUGCAGAAAUAGAUAAACAUUCCCAGAUUAAACAACGACAUUAUGAUGCAGAAGAGAUACGCCAUUACAUACAGAAAAAGAAAGCAGAACGAGUACAGAAACAGAUAGAAGAAGAAAAACGCCAAAAGAAAGCUGAUGAACUUCGGCGGAAACAAUUAGAGGAAUUGUAUACAAAACAAAAAGCAACAGCAUCACAUCCUAAAAAAUUCAGGGACAUAAAACAUAAAUCUAAUAAUGAGACAUUUUCACAUCCAAUGGCGCUAUCGGACUUGCCCAGGCAUCACCCUUUCCAACACGAGAGGAGUCGGCAAAUGAUGACAAGUGAUUCUGAUAAUUUGGCAGCUGACGAAGAGAUGGAGAUGAGUGACGGAAGUUCUACUCUUACGGGUGAUUCUAUGGAUGAAGGAACUCCCUUAGAUACUCCUAAAGGACAUGCAGACGACAAGUCAAAACCUAGUCAAACCAGCCAAUGGAAAGCUAGUUUACAAAAAGAACAUGAAUUUCUCAUGGAAAAUAACAAUUCUAAGACUGUUGGUGGAUUUACAUUUAAUUUAGACAGUGUUUUUAAUAAAUUCUCUCAGGCUGUAACUAAUCAACAAAGUGAAAGUGAAAGUAGACCUUUAUCAGGGAAUUCUGGGUACAUUGGAGGAUCAGCUGUUUCAAACCCUCCCCGUCCUUUAGCAGAAGGCAGUGAUAGAACACGGGAACAAAGGUUACAAGCUAUUAAGGAAACAGCAAAACAUUUACAAGAAAAAAUUCAAAAUGAGGCUAGGAAGCUGAAAGGGGAGGUAGUUGAUGAUGAUGGCAGCACAAAUCAAAGAUGGGCAUUCAACAGACAUGGUGACGAGGAGGACUUUGUAUCAAGAUACGACAGAAUGACAGAAGCUGGAAAUGAUUACUCAGUUUUUACCUCAAAUCUCCCAGGUAAUCAAAGAAACUCCACCUUCAAUGACACUGAUGACGACCCUGUUGAAGCAGCAGCCAUUAGAAUCCAAGCUGCAUACCGGGGACAUACAGUACGACAAAGUCUGAACAGUUGGAAACUUCCAUCAGGACAAACUGUUGGAGGUCACAUCAGACGUGCCGGACAAGACGAGGAUGAAUCGUCAAUAACAGAAACAUCAACAUUCAGUGAGAUCACUCUUACAGAAGAUUCAGAAAACUCACUUUUGUCUAAUCGGAGACCAGUUGGCUCAGGGUUACGAGAUAGAGAUUUCCAUGCUGGUGGACUUCGACACCAAGGUCCUACAGAAAUGGUCAUACCACGUCCUACAACACAACACAGAGGAGCAGGAAAAUAUUCCUGGGAGCAAUCUCGUCCAGAUCCAGAUAAUGUCUUCAAUGUAUUUGCUAGGCAUCAACGAAAUCAAGACAAACAACGACAAGGAUAUUCAACAGAACCAAAGAUAAAGGAAGAGGAGUACAGAAAGGAACUGGUUACCUCCCAACAUACAGCUCCAAAGAUUAGGUCUACACAAAAUAGCCUGCCUAGAAACAGAAGUCCAGGAGUUGGUGCUAGAACAAAUAGUCCUGGCUUUGGUUUGAGGAGUGAAGCAUCAGUGCAUCAUAGUAUUAAAUCAAGAAAUGAAGACACCCGACCAAAGACUUCCGUAAGCUUUAAACCACUACCAUCUGAGAGUGAACAUGACGACACAUUCCAAGAAGUUUCCUAUUCUAGACAGUUUGAAUUGAGUAAGGAUGACAGAAGUAAGCCUGAAAAAGCUUCAGUUUUGUCUCAUUCCAAACCUAGUCAAAAACAUUCAGCUGAUACAGAUACAGAUACCUCAAGUAUAGAAGACUUCUCUAGAAUAGAGGACCCAGACAGACGUUACCCACAUGUGGCACCAGACGAUGACAACUCAGCCACCCCUAAAGCCUCAUUACGAUACUCACCCGACACGUUAGAGAGGAAGUUUUACUCAGAACUCAACCAGUUAGAGAGUAUGGAAGAGUCCAUGCGACAGUUAACAGGGGUGGAGAGGACCAGAGCUGUCUCUAUGGCACAACAGGAAACUGUUUCACUUGCUCAGAUGUUGAAGGCUCGACAGCAAACUCAUGAACGAGACAUGAAACUUUUGGAAAUCAAGGUGCAAAAAGAAAAGCAAGAAGCAGCCAGAAUAGAAAAACAAAUGGAGGAGGCCAAACAAAGGAGUAAAGAAGCCUCACAGAAUGCUAAAGAUGUCAUGAUGAGGGUACGAGGGGACGGAAGGGAAGCAGAGCCUAGCGCAAAGUACAACAAUAACAAUAAACUGGACAAUAGUGAUAAUAUCAGACCUAAAAGGGCUGUUAAACAGAAUCAGUCAAGCAGUGAUUACAGGGCACCAGACUCAGCCAGGUCAUAUAGUGAAAAAACAUCACUGAAAACGGCACCCUCCUCAUACAGUGAGAAAACAAAAACAGCAUCUUACACAUCAUCAAGAAGUGCAUCUGUAAAGACUGCAAGCGAUACACAGAAGGGUCGUGACAGUGACUCCUCUAUCAGAUCUGUCAGUGGGGCUGAUGCAAAAGAUGAGUCAAAAUCAGAGAGUAUAUUAGAAGAGUUAUCUCAAGCAUCUGGCGAUGAAUACUCUAUUAACUUUGAUGACACAAUGACAGAAGAUGAAAUUGAAGAGAAAUCGUUCAAGGCCAUUUUACCGUCAGAAAGUCAUCGUAAACGUGCCAAAAAACAUCACCUUGAUAAUAUGUCUGUCACAUCAGAUGAAGGAUCAGUGCCAAGUACCCCUCGAAUUUCGGUAGAUGAUCUAGGGUCAUAUGUUCUGGGAGAAGAUUCCUUUAACAAAUUUACAGAAGAAAUGGUGAAACAGUUUAUGAAGGAAGAGGAAAUGAGAGCCCAACACCAGACAUCCCUCCUUCAACUUAGAGAAAAAGCACUUGUAGAGAAAACCAAAGCAGAAUUAGAGUGGUUAGAACAACAAAAAGGAAGAAUAAGGAACAAAGGGGCUGAUGAUUCCUAUCCACAAAUUAUAAAACGUCAAAGAGGACUUAAGAUGAAACUUCAAGAACAACAGGCUGAGAUCAAAAGAAUGAGAGAGGCCAACAAAAAAGCUUCAAGAGAAAGACAGUUAUUAUUACAGCAGCGGGAAGAAAUCAGCCGACUCAGGCAGUCAACUAAACAAACUAAGGAAAAGCUGGGUGGUAGAUUAGGUCGUCCAGCAGAAGUCCACACAGAAGAUGAAUUUUAUGUGAAUGAAGAUGAAAAAGAUACAGAUAAUGAAGCAUCUCAAAGAAAAGAUUAUAAGUCUGACUCUGAGAUUUACACUGAACCAAAAGCUGCUGGUGGAGAGAAGAGUCUGGAUAAGUUGAAGAAACUACACCUGGACGAGAGAUACCUGACAAAACGAGAACAACGAUUACGAGAGAGAAAGAAAUCGGCCAAAGAGUUGUUAGAUUGGAAGAAAAGAUUGGACGAGGAAGAACAAGCUGUGUUUGAAUUAGAGAAGAAAGCAUUGAAAGUUUGGGAUCAUAACGAAAAAGGAGGAAAAAAGAAAGAAAAAGAACCUGAAAAGUCAAAAACUCCAUCAAAGGUCAAAGAAGCUCAUCCCCCAUCGGUGACACAGGAUGAUACUAUUAUUUCUGAAGCAAUAAGUUUGGCAAAGGAUGAGUCGAUAACAAAUACUCCACGUCCAGUCAGUGCUAGUGAAAGUUCUCCAGAAGAUCGACAGAGAUUAGCAAGGAGUGAAAGUGAAAGUUCCAUUAUAGAAGAAGUCAAGUCAGAAUAUAGUAUGUCAGAAUCGACCACACCUGUCAAAAGUCGCAAGUCAAAGGCCCCAGAUUCUGCCACCAUUAAUAGCCAGUAUAGUGAAACUUUUGAAGAUGCCACUAGUGUUCAACAAACAAAAAGUAAAAAGUCCCCACGGUCUCCGCUUGACAAGCUAAACAAGCGUGGUUUUCCAAUGGGGGCACUUGCUGGAAGAAAUAUUUCCUCGCCACGCUCUUUGUUCAGUAAAACAAGGAGCUGUUCAGAAAGUGAAUCUGAGGAAUCAAUAUCACAAAGUCAUACAGAUUUAUCCUAUGCUGAAACUAUGUCUGAUCUCAGUGAUUUCGAAGGUCGUGUACGAGCCCUGAAUGAUGAACUUCGUCAUCGAAAACAAGUUGCUGAUCGACUCAAAAGAGAGAGAAAAAGAAGGAAGAGGGAAAUAUUGAAAAGUAAAGAAGAUGCAUUAAAGAAACAAAUAGAGGCUUACGACAACCAGAUUAGUCAGCUGAAGACUGAGCUAAAGAAAGAAAUGGAGCAUGAACCCGUCAAUAGUGUCAAACCUCAGAUCAAACAACCUAAAGUCAGUCCUCCCAAAACCCUCAAAACACCCCUCAAACAGAAUGAGGAUGCUCGAACUUCUAGUAACUCAAGCUAUGAUGAAUCUGUUCAGAGUUCACCCUCAAUUCUAGAUGAUAAAGAGACCAAACCAAUUUCACCUGACCAAAGACCAACACCUCCAAAAUCACAAAUUCCCACAAAAAUUUCAUUGGACAAAAUUUCUGAAGGAAGUGAAUCAUCUAAAUCUCUGGCAACAGUAGAGUCAAAGAAGAGAAUUACAAAUGGGGAAGAUGAAUCCAUUAAAGAAGAACUCACCGAACAAAUUCAAGAAGAAAUUUCUGAAGCAGACACAGACAAAACAUCAUCUGCAUUGCUUAAAUUACCUAAAUCUCAAAAAUCUGAGGUGAAAAGCCCGAGAGAGGAUACAGAUAGGAGUCCAAGGGACUACUCUUAUCAGGAUGACUUUACCGAGGAGAUGACAUCUCAUAAGAUCACUAGUGCCAGAAGCUUGCCUCCAGAUAAGAUAGACUUGAAACCUCAGCCAUCUCCACGAUCCAUUACAGAAAAUGUCAUCUCGGAAGUUAUAAGUGAACAUGUAUAUAGCAAUGUUGACGAUGAUGAGUCAUUCAUUAAACCUUUAAAUAAUGUCCAUAAUGAUAACAAUGAGUAUGACGAGAGUGACAUUGAACCAAAGUCACCGCCUUCCACGACAAAAACAGAUUCAAGACCAUCCAGUGGUAAAAGCAUUUCAAGUUUCUUUGAAGAAUCUGAAUCUGAUCGAUCGGAAAUAGAAAAGAAGCCAACCCGAAUUACCUCCCCUGAUAAAUCUCCUUCUAUGAUUCCUGGAGGUGUGUUUGAUAUUGAUCAAUUGAUUGGACCAGAUCAAGAAUUUGACGAGGAUGAGGAAACUCCAUUGGCUUCUCCUAGAGAUGAGGAGCCUCCGUCAACUACUGAAGAUGAUGAAAGAACAGAAGAUUUCGUUAACUAUACUGUUGGAGAUCGUGUUCAAGUAACAGGUCCAAAUGGCACUAGAAAAUGUGGUAUUCUCAUGUUCAAAGGACGGGUAAAAUUUGCUCCUGGUAUUUGGGCGGGAGUAGAAUUAGAAUCUCCAGAGGGUAGAAAUGACGGGACAUAUGAUGAUGGUCAGCGAUACUUCACAUGCCGACCAAAUCAUGGAGUAAUGGUCCCAGCAAAUGACCUUUCCAAUGCUCCUCUUCCAAAGAUGAUGAGGACAAGCCAGGAAAGUUUAAUUAGGAGCAGUAUGGAAAGUAAUUUAAGUGGAGAUACGUCUGUUGACCAGGAGGAUUUAAAUCAACUUAUCCAAGAAGUGGACGAGAAUGUACAAAACUUUGAAGAUGACCAGCAUAAACAUGAACAAGAACUGUUGGCUGAUAAAAUUACAGAUAAAAUCCUGGUGGACUUGGUAGAGAAUGAACGCAAUUUUAUAUCAAAGAAAUCUCCGCCAGUAGCUCCCAAACCUCAGCGAACCAAAGAUAGUGUUCUACAGAAUGGUUCUGAUACCAUUUUAAUGAAUGGUAAUGCAAAUGAGCAAGAAAAAGAAAAGUUUGUAAAGAAAAAUUUUAAAAGUGAUAAUUUGACAAACAAACUUGUGGACACUUUAUUAGAUGAUGCUUUAACUAAAAUGAUCACAACUAGAAACAAACAACGAAAUAGGGGCGGAGAAGUUACAAAUCUAAUAGAUUUCGAUGAUUUCCCCGAAGAACAAAUGCAAAUUAAAUCAGCAAUGACACCAUCUGAGGAACUUCUUGUGGUUUUAAAUAAACCUGAACCAACUAAUGUGCCUUCUGAUGUGCCUCCUCGACCAGGAUCACCCUUGCCAGAUCCUAACAGUACACGACAGAAUCACUUGAAAACAUUACAAAUGGAUAUCGCUGUUCUGUUAGGAGGGGAGGAGGAGGAAGAAGACGAUGAUAUUAAUACGCCUGAUAAACCUCCACCUCCUUACCCAGAAAGUGAAGAGCAAAGACUUAUGAAAGCUGAACUUCAAAAAAUGAAUUCAGAAGACCUUUACUAUGCAGUGCCUCAUGAGUCUGAGGAAGUGCGUGGCAUAGUGGCAGAUGUUGUCGAGAUAUAUUGGCAGUCGAGACGUCAUGGUGAACCGUUAGACAAUGUUCAAAUUCCAGAUAAUUAUUUUUCAAAAGAUGACAUUAAUGGAGAUUUGGAUAGUAAUAGCAGACGUGUGUUUAAGACAUUACUUUUUGACUUGGCAGGGGAAGUUAUUAGAGACAUUUAUAAAGAUGAAGAGGAUGAACCGCCUCCGUGGCAAAAACCUAAACGUAGACAACAAAAACAUUUCAGAGGUGCUUCGCCUCCCAAUACGAUGGAGAAUUUGACUCCUAUUGUUCAGCAAGCUGUGAUAAACACUCUAGGUUUGAAUGGCUCUCGCAAAGCCGACCGAAAUAAAUGGACAGUGCGUAAACGAAAGGAUCAUGUAGACAAUAUUCUUGUUGAGGAAUUACGGGAAGAAGAACCACGAUGGAUAAACUAUGAUGAGGAUGAAUUAGCUGUCAAAAUGCAACUAACUGAUACGAUAUUUGACAUGUUAUUGAACGAUACUGUUCAAACUAUGAACAAAGUGUAUCAGAAAAAGAAAAGUAACAGAGUGUGAUCUAUGUGGUGAAUCAUGAAAACAUGAGUAGGUGGUUGUAAGUCCUGAAAGAAAGGUGUUUGUGCUGCAUACAUAUAGCAAGUAAGGUUGUCAUGUGACACUCAUGUGAUAUUUUGUACGGGAGGUGGUAGUCAUGUGAUAUUGUUACAGACUUUGUAAAUAGAUGGACUAUUUAUUUUUUGUAUAGAAGUUAGGCGAGAUAUCCAGUGAUAUUGUGUGGUGCUAUUUAUGGAGGUCAUAUCUAGAUUUUAUUCAUCAUUAUGAUAAAAAAUAAUAUGGAAUUUAUUAGAUCAACUUUCCUGUUAUUCAUUCACUUUAGUUUCAGAUUUGCAAAUGCUACUUGGUUAACUGAUCUAUUGAAGAAAAACAUUGACCUAUGGAAUUUAUAUUUGAAUAAAAAGGACAAUACUGAAUUAAGUUUGUGAAAUCAUGAAGUACCUAAAAAGAAAGAUGCACUUGGUACCAAAAUCAUUUUAGAAAAUUAUAUAUCAUUGUUUGAAGUUUAAAAACAUUUAAAUUUUUUUAGAACAAUUGUAUAGGGAUUUGAAAAUGCAACCAUACAU